AGUGACUUCUCUUACUUGUAGCACGCCUUUUGUGGACCACCCGCGGGCUAAAGGCAGAGCAUGAAGGAGCAGCAGGAAAGAAUUGUUAAAAUGUGGAGCAGGCCACGUGUGGGAACCAUGACCAUGUUGUUUUUGGAUUAAUUUGGCUGCUGCUGCCUGGUUUCCUUUGGUUUCUUGGAAUGGUGUUUGUUUGUUUGUUUGCUUGUUUGCUUUUUGUAGGCAUGGAAACGCAGUUCUGUCCCUCCCACCCCCCUCCUGCCACAAACUUUGAUGUGUAAGAGCAGCAACACCACUGUUUCUAGCUAUCCGCCAGCCAUUCUAAGAUUCUAUCGUGGCAGUGGGCGCUUUUCUGGCCCUACCUUCUGUGUUUGACCCUAAGCAGGUUCAACUGCGUGGCAAAAAAAUGACAAUAAGAUGACCCCUGCGUCGAGUGCUCCAAAAUGACAAGGUUUAACGCUGCAAACGCCAGCCAACUGCCAAAAGGAACCAACAAUUGAAAUGUUUGUGGGUUGGUAGCUUGUGAUUUUUUUCUGCCGCAGCUUUUCCGAACUGCUCGAAUUUUUGAUGAAUUUCUUAUACUUGCUGGAAUCUCCUGCGCAUGGCCCCUGGCCCUACCGUGCUCGGAUUCGAUCAGGAAAGACGUCACUACUCGAACCACUUUCCGAGACCAUCGCCAUGAGCGGCCUGCGAGCGCCGCCCGGCUCCGGCUCCGGCGGCUCGAGGAGCUCUAGCCGUGGGCGCAUGGGCCAGACCACAGCGGCCACCGUGGGUCGGGCCAUGGUGGGAGCCAAGAGAGGGGAGCUUCCCCUCCGCAGAGCGGGGAAUCCAAAUGACCGCUUGGAAGAGCUGCUAGGGAAGGCCAUGCCAAGCAAACCCAAGUUGAACGGCUACUUUGUCACUCAGACCACGAACCAUGGGCUAGACUUUGAUGAGGAGGCCAAGAAGCUCUGGGCACGGCUGAACUUGGACCCUUCAGUCAUCUCGAGUGGGCCAUACAAUGCUAUGGAUGCCCUCUGGCAGCAUCCCGAGUCGCGGGCAGUCUUCUAUGUUGGCAAUCAAACCGCAGCUUCAAACCUGGCAUUGCUUCGUCAAAACGGUGUGACGCAUGUCGUGAACUGUACUGACAACAUGCCCAACUACCACGAGAACACGUCGGGCAGUUUGAUCAAGUACUACAGAUUCGACAUCUCCCGCUUCCACCGGCUGGUCAGAUCGGAUGCUGAUGCUGCACGCUUUGUUCAGCCAAUGCUGGAAUGGGUCGGUGCUGCUUUGGCCAGCGGGGAGAACGUCAUGGUUCAUUGUUUAGCCGGUGCACAUCGUGCCGGAACCACUGGCUGCAUUUGCUUGAUGCACUUUGCAGGGCUUAGCGCCAAAGAAGCAGUUCCAGCUGCAAAGCGCUGUCGUCCAAUCAUAGAUCCCAUCGGUGAUUUUCCAGAACUCCUAGCUAAGUUGGAGCGCAGCUGGAGAAGAAAGUCUGAACCUGCUAUUUUUGGUGCUUGACGGCUGCGGUUUGCUUUGCUUCGGGCACACUGCAUGCGGGCUCCGCAUGCGUGGCAUGUUGUUACUUUUUUGGUUGGG